GGCGGGCGGCGGAGGCGGCGGGCGGCGGAGGAUGCGGCCGCAGCCGCGGGGCCGCCGCCGCCGCUGAGCCGCGGAUCCGCCGAGCGCAGCCGCGCCGCUGCGGCCCCGCCGCGCCAUGGGGAAGGAGCAGGAGCUGGUGCAAGCGGUGAAGGCGGAGGACGUGGGCACCGCGCAGCGGCUGCUGCAGAGGCCGCGGCCCGGCAAGGCCAAGCUGCUCGGCUCCACCAAGAAAAUCAACGUCAACUUCCAGGACCCAGAUGGCUUCUCUGCCUUGCACCACGCGGCCCUGAAUGGCAACACAGAACUGAUUACCCUGCUGCUGGAGGCUCAGGCUGCCGUGGACAUCAAGGACAACAAAGGCAUGCGGCCCCUGCACUACGCGGCCUGGCAGGGCCGGAAGGAGCCCAUGAAGCUGGUGCUGAAGGCGGGCUCAGCGGUGAACGUGCCGUCCGACGAGGGCCACAUCCCACUGCACCUGGCGGCUCAGCACGGUCACUACGACGUGUCUGAGAUGCUGCUGCAGCACCAGUCCAACCCGUGCAUGGUGGACAACUCGGGGAAGACGCCCCUGGACCUGGCUUGUGAGUUCGGCCGUGUUGGGGUGGUCCAGCUGCUCCUGAGCAGCAACAUGUGUGCGGCCCUGCUGGAGCCCCGGCCGGGCGAUGCCACCGACCCGAACGGCACCAGCCCGCUGCACCUGGCAGCCAAGAACGGCCACAUCGACAUCAUCAGACUCCUGCUCCAAGCAGGCAUCGACAUCAACCGGCAGACCAAGUCCGGCACGGCCCUGCACGAGGCCGCCCUCUGCGGGAAGACUGAGGUGGUGCGGCUGCUGCUGGAUAGUGGGAUCAAUGCCCACGUGAGGAACACCUACAGCCAGACGGCCCUGGACAUCGUCCACCAGUUCACCACGUCCCAGGCCAGCAAGGAGAUCAAACAGCUGCUGAGAGAGGCUUCGGCCGCCUUGCAGGUCCGGGCCACCAAGGAUUACUGCAACAAUUAUGACCUGACCAGCCUCAACGUGAAGGCAGGCGACAUCAUCACGGUCCUGGAGCAGCACGCGGACGGCCGGUGGAAGGGCUGUAUCCAUGACAACCGGACGGGCCACGACCGGGUGGGUUACUUCCCGUCCUCGCUGGGCGAGGCCAUUGUCAAGCGAGCAGGGUCCCGGGCAAGCGGCGAACCGAGCCCACCGCAGGGAGGCUCCUCGUCAGGGCCGUCUGCGCCCCCCGAGGAGAUCUGGGUGCUGCGGAAGCCCCUCUCAGGCGGGGACCGCAGCGGCAGUCUGAGCGGCAUGGCUGGGAGCCGGAGCGCCGGGGGCCACGCCCUGCACGCGGGCUCUGAAGGGGUCAAGCUCCUGGCCACGGUGCUUUCCCAGAAGCCAGUGUCGGAGUCCAGCCCGGGAGACAGCCCCGCCAAGCCUCCAGAGAGCUCUGCAGGUGCAGCCCGGCCCCAGCCUCCAGUGGCUCUUGCAGGGCAGGCGUAUGGGGAGCAGCCACCCAAGAAGCUGGAGCCAGCGUCGGAAGGCAAGAGCGCCGAGGCGGUCGGCCAGUGGCUCGCCACGUUCCAGCUGCAGCUCUAUGCCCCCAACUUCACCAGCGCCGGCUACGACCUGCCCACCAUCAGCCGCAUGACCCCUGAGGACCUCACGGCCAUCGGCGUCACCAAGCCAGGCCACCGGAAGAAGAUCACAGCCGAGAUCAGUGGCCUGAGCGUGCCCGACUGGCUGCCGGAGCACAAACCCGCUAACCUGGCCGUGUGGCUGUCCAUGAUCGGCCUGGCCCAGUACUACAAGGUGCUGGUGGACAACGGCUACGAGAGCAUCGACUUCAUCACGGACAUCACCUGGGAAGACCUGCAGGAGAUCGGCAUCACCAAGCUGGGACACCAGAAGAAGCUGAUGCUGGCCGUGAGGAGACUCGCAGAGCUGCAGAAGGCCGAAUCGGCCAAGUACGAAGGGGGGCCCUUGCGCCGGAAGGCGCCGCCAUCGCUCGAAGCCGUGGCCAUUGAGUCGCCGCCGCCCGAGCCCGCCCCGGCGGACUGCCGCUCCCCCAAGAUGAGCACUUUCCAGGACAGCGAGCUCAGCGGGGAGCUGCAGGCGGCCAUGACGGGCCCGGCCGAGGCAGGGGCCACUGCCUCCGAGAAGCCUUCCAACCACCUGCCGCCCACCCCCAGGGCUGCCGCGCGGCCGGAGCCUGGCCUGGGUGGACGGGCCCGGCACAUGAGCAGCUCUCAGGAGCUGCUGGGCGACGGGCCCCCGGGGCCUGGCAGCCCCAUGUCACGCAGCCAGGAGUACCUGCUGGACGAGGGCUCGGCCCCCAGCACCCCGCCCAAGGAAGCCCGGCCGGGACGCCAUGGCCACAGCGUCAAGAGGGCCAGCGUGCCCCCGGUGCCGGGCAAGCCACGGCAGGCGCUCCCGCCGGGCACCAGCCCCUUCACGCCCCCUCAGACACCUACCAAAGCCCGGCCGGGCUCCCCCCAGGCCCUCGGGGGGCCUCACGGUCCAGCCCCAGCCACAGCCAAGGUGAAGCCCACCCCACAGCUGCUGCCACCCACGGAGCGCCCCAUGUCACCCCGCUCGCUGCCCCAGUCACCCACACACCGUGGCUUUGCCUACGUGCUGCCCCAGCCUGUGGACGGCGAGGCAGGGCCGGCCGCUCCUGGGCCCACACCCCCACCCGUGCUGGCAGCGGUCCCCACGCUGUGCCUGCCCCCCGAGGCCGACGCAGAGCCGGAGCGCCCCAAGAAGCGUGCCCACAGUCUGAAUCGCUACGCGGCCUCCGACAGCGAGCCGGAGCGGGAUGAGCUGCUGGUGCCAGCCGCAGCGGGGCCCUACGCCACGGUGCAGCGGCGCGUGGGCCGCAGCCACUCAGUGAGGGCGCCUGCCGGCACCGACAAGAACGUCAACCGCAGCCAGUCUUUCGCCGUGCGGCCCCGCAAGAAGGGGCCCCCACCCCC